AUGGCCGUGACGGGGGGCGGGACGGGACGUGGCAAAGAGACGGGGCAGGCCUCGGCCAGAGGAGGGUGGUGGUGGUCGGGUUUAGCAUCGGUUCCUGUCACUGUUCACAGCUUCUCUAAGAUGAGCAGCAAGGCUCCCCUGGGCCUGGAAGGCAGGGUCCAGAAAACACUGCAAAAGGUCUUCGGGUUUGAGUCCUUCAAGACUUCCCUGCAGGAAAGCGCGACCAUGGCUGUGGCAAGAGGAGAGAAGGAUGUCUUUGUAUGCAUGCCCACAGGGGCAGGGAAAUCCUUGUGCUACCAGCUUCCUGCAGUUCUGGCAGUGGGCAUCACCAUUGUCAUUUCACCUCUGAUUGCACUGAUUCAGGAUCAAGUGGAUCACUUGCUGGCUCUGAAGAUCAAAGCCUGCUCUCUGAACUCCAAGCUUUCUGCCCAGGAAAAGAAGACCAUCCUGGCUGACUUAGCAAGUGAGAAGCCCCAAGUAAAGCUCCUGUACAUCACCCCAGAGAUGGCAGCCGCCUCUUCCUUCCAGCCUACGCUGAACUCUCUGGUGUCCCGAAACCUCUUGUCUUACCUGAUAAUCGAUGAAGCGCACUGCGUCUCCCAGUGGGGACACGAUUUCCGACCUGACUACCUACGGCUGGGCACCUUGCGCACUCGCAUUCCCAAUACACCAUGUGUUGCCUUGACUGCCACUGCCACUAAGCAGGUCCAGGAGGACAUUGUGGCAGCGCUUAAGCUAAAGCAGCCGCUUUCCACAUUUAAGACUCCUUGCUUCAGAUCUAACUUGUUCUAUGAUGUGCAGUUCAAAGAGCUCUUGACUGAUCCAUACACCAACUUGAAGGAUUUCUGUCUGAAGGCGCUUGAAGUGAAGAACACCACUGGGGUGUACUCUGGUUGUGGCAUUGUGUACUGCAGGAUGAGGGAUGUGUGUGACCAGCUGGCUAUUGAAUUGAGCUACCGAGGAGUGAAAGCCAAGGCUUAUCACGCAGGACUCAAGGCAGCUGACAGGACUUCAAUCCAGAAUGAAUGGAUGGAGGAGAAGAUCCCAGUUAUUGUUGCAACCAUCAGUUUUGGAAUGGGAGUAGACAAAGCAAACGUCAGAUUUGUUGCCCAUUGGAAUAUUGCUAAGUCAAUGGCUGGAUAUUACCAAGAAUCUGGCAGAGCUGGGAGAGAUGGGAAGCCAUCCUGCUGCCGCCUCUAUUACUCCAGGAAUGACCGGGAUCAAGUCAGCUUCCUGAUUAAGAAGGAGCUCUCUAAUAUCCAAGAAAAAAAGGGCACCUUAAAAGAAUCUGACAAAGCUGCGAUGACAGCUUUUGAUGCCAUUGUGAACUUCUGUGAGGAGCUGGGAUGUCGCCAUGCUGCCAUAGCGAAGUACUUUGGCGAUGUCACCCCACCUUGUAACAAGUGCUGCGAUUACUGCAAGAACCCAGGGGCAGUGAAAAGACAACUGGAGUCACUGGAGCGCUGCAGCAACAGCUGGAGCAAAACCUGCAUUGGGCCCACAGGUUCCGCCUGGGAUAGCUAUGACCCAGAGCUGUAUGAAGGCGGGAGGAGAGGUUGCAGAGGUUUUAGCAGGUAUGAUGAAGAAAGCAGUGGGAAUGGGGAUGAAGCCAAUGAAGAGAGUCGGAAACGGGAGUGGAACAACUUCUACAAAAAGCAGAUGAGUCUGCGCAAAGGCAAAGAACCAGAAAAGGAAGAUUUUGUUCCUCCAAGUGCAGACUGUCCCUUGAAGGAUGCCUUCAGCAGGAGAAUCUCUAAGCUCACAGUGAAGGGACGGGAACACUGCUUGAAGAUGCUGGAAGAAGCUUUGAGCACCAAUCAAAAGGUUCCAGCAGCAGGAGGAAAAGGGUAUGAGAUGAGAGAGAAGGGGUCAGACCCUCAUGCCUGUGCUGUGGAGCUGGAGUAUGAAGCUUUCCGAACCAGUAAAAUGGCUAACUCAUACAAGGCAACUGUGCUAAAGAAGGUAGCAGAAAUCAACAAAGCCUCAAAACAAGGAGAGUUGUUCUCAGUCUUUGGGUCUGGAACUGGUGGCAACAGCAGCUUGGAAACAAAAUCUGGGUCUCCAGCAGAAGAGGACUUCCUCCCUGCAUCCCAGGUUUACUCGUUCAAACCCAAGCGUGUGGGAGCAGGAUUUCCAAAGAAAUCCAGCUUGUUUCAGACAGCUUCCGAGCUGCUGAAGAUCCAGGAGGGGAGCAAUGUAAAGCCUGUCAAAAAAGAAGUAGAUUGUCCAAAUGGGCAAGACAACAGCAACUGCAGUCUGGAACUGGACACCAGAAACCCUGUUCUCCAGAAAAAAGAAAUAGGAACCAAAGCAAUGUGUGAGAGUGCUGGGGUAGAAGUACUCCUUCCUGAAAAGAAGGGACAGCAACCCAGUCCAGACACAAAAGCUGCCCUUUGGGAGAGCCCUACUAAGAAGUCCAAACCUAGCAAGAAGCAGCAGAUGCUCGCAGAAGCGGCUAAAAAAGAAUCACAGGAUAUUUCCAAAUUCUUCUCCCUCCCCAAAGGUGGGUCUAAAGCCAAAAGUUGCAGCUCAGCAAAGGAAGAUGGCUGUUCUGCAAGCACACUACCUCAGAUUUCUUCUCAAAGCAUGUGUCAAGAGAAACCAAUACCUGAGGAAAACAAAGAUGUGUCUGGAGAAAAUGUGACUGGACAGUCCCAGGCAGAGAAUAAAGAACUGAGAGAGACAGACAUAACACUGACAGAGAGAGAGGAGGAUUUUAAGACGCAGCAGGCUGCUGAAUCUGAACUCCUUCAGGAAGAAAUUGAUGUAAAAUCCAGUGUUGCUGAAAAUGUCGUAGAAACUGAGCUAACUGUUGUUGGGGAAGGUGAGAGUGGGAAGCGACCAGGAUCAGAUGAGGAUAUGGAAAGUCCCGCUACAAAGCGGCUACGGACAGUGGCAAAGUCUUCUAUUCUGUCCCAGCCAGAAAGCAAAAGUGUUGGUCCAACAAAGAAGAAGGUGACUUUUGAUCCAAACUUAUCACAGUGUGAUAAAGAAGGAACCAACAAGACCGUACAGCCAGUGACCAAAGGCAUGUCCCUCAAAGAGACAGCAGACAUCGUUGUCAAAUAUUUGACUCCAUUCUACAAGGGUGGCAAAUUUGCUUCCAAGGAUCUGUUUAAGGGCUUUGCUCGGCACCUGUCUCACUUACUGACUGAAGAGCAGAACCCUGCCCGCAAGAGCGUGAAGGAGGAAGCACAGAGACUCAUCAAGGAGUUUUUCAAAACACGGGUCAGGUGUGAGAGUGAGACAGACUGGCAGGAGCUGCAGAGCUCAGAGAGCUGAUCCUUGCAUCAUGUUGGCUGUCUUCCUUCCUCCAGCAGUGCGACCAGGGGAUCUUGAAGAACUCAGCCAUGGAGGGUUUCAUGAAACUGCAGAAGUGAGCUUUCUUUUCCCACUGCAUUUUUGCUCACUUCUGUCCUUAGUGACACGCACUUCCAGGAAACCAGUUUCUGUGAACUUGGGGAGAGUUUCUCCGAUGACUAGGGUGCUGAAGCCCUCUAGUACCUCUUGCCAAAAGGUGUGAAGUCUGCAUCUGCUGUGUAGGUUAGGGGCUGCUGCCUCAGAUGUUCCGCAGUCUCCAAUCUCUACUCCCUGCAGCAGUCCGGGAAGGGCUCAGACUUUCCAGCUGGGACUCCGCUUUGGGAUGGCAUCUUGCUUCCUAGAUGGCUCCUCCCCUCGCUGCCCCAUCUCUUAGCUCUUAUUUCAGUGUUACCAAUAGAAGCCUUACGCUACAAAUUCACAUGCUUUGCUCAGGGCUGCCAGUGACAAACUUGAUGGUUGAGUUCCUGGAUGGUAUGUUUUCCCUUGAAGGGCAGGAGGGGAGCGUUUUGUUUUUACCAUGUAGGCAAUGCCUGCUUUCGGAAGGUGGAGAAACUCAGAUUCUUUUUCUUUUAAUCUGAACUUUUUUUUAACUUUGUCUAGUUCUGCCUGCCCUUUAACUUAAGCAGCGAUGCUCUUUCAGUAUUAACCUCUCCAAUAGUGGCACCAAGGUUGCCAACACUUUCCAGCAUUUGCUUCUAACCCCUAAAGCCAUAUUUGCUCCCUGUGCCUCCCCACAGUCUGCAAUACAGAGGGCAAUGCUGCUGUUUGUUACAACUGGUUAAGGUACUGCUGUGGCCCUCAAACUGACACUGUGGUGCCUCUGCUGCUAUAUUUAUGUAAGGACCUGAACCUUAGGGUAUCAGUGGGCUUGAAAUAACCUGAUUCCCUGGCCCAAGUCCUUUCUGUUGGGUUUUUGUUGGGUUCUGCCUUUGUUCCAUGCCUAUAGAGGCUGGUGGCCUCAGGCACUAGCGCUGCUAGAGGAAUCUGCAGCCUGAUGAGAGGCCAUCAAACAGGCUUUUGGAUCGCUGUACUCAACAGAUGUAUUUUUUUUUAAAUCUACUGAAGGGUAUGUGUGGAACUGACAAUAAAAUAAUGUUACAGCUGC